AUGUCUUGUUUAAAUAACGAUAGGAGAUCUCUGGUAUUGUUAUUAAAGGAAACGAGAUUUUUUACCGUUAUUAUUACUAAAUCUCUGUCGAUUGGUAACGAAAAUAACGGGGUAGUUGAUGACUCAACUUCCUUCAUUGUUUUUUGGCCCAAGGUGGAUGCCGUCAGGUCCUAUAUUAUUAACUCCUCCCACUCUGUCAAGCUUCCAGAAAUGAACAAUUCAAAUGGAGGCAUUAGUUCAUUGUUAAAAGUUCAGCGUAAUCGACAAAUUUUUACUGUUAAUUUGGAACAAGAAAUAGCGAAAGGUAUAGGCAGAGAAAAGUUACUCAAGGCCCGCCGACAGAAAUUUCGGGCUCCUAGGCUGGACUGUGACGGGCCCCCCGAUGACCGUGGAAGAUAA